AUGUUAACUUUCAGUACAUCAGAAUUGUUGAGGAAGGAUGAAGCUACCACUCAAACAGAAACAGAAGAAAAAAUAGAGGCAGAAUUACCGACUAAGAAAGGAUGGUUUGGAAAAUUGCUCAACGUUCGCACUAUUGCACCCAGUAAAGAGUCACAUGCAAAGUCGCUAUCAAAUAAACAGAAUUUGUAUGAAGUCAUGUUCCAUUCAGUGAAACCAGAAUAUAUGGAAGAAUAUCUCAAACAAUUUGAGUCAUACCAGCAUAUGAUGCACGCAAAAACAGGAGCUACCUUGAAGGGAAGUUUCACCGUAGAAAUUGGGAACCAGGAUGAAGCAAUACACAUAUGGGAAUAUGCGGGUGGUUAUCCGGAGCUUAAUGAUGCUACAGAAGUGUACAGAAAAGACAUGGAUUUUAUAGAAUUUAGAAAAGCUAGAAACAAGAUGUUGAAUGCAAGAAGUAACCAAGUAUUGUUAGCUUUUAAUUUCUGGCCAGAGCUAGUACCACGAGAAGGUCCAAAUAUCUACGAAAUGAGAAGCUACACACUUAAGGCAGGGACAAUGAUUGAAUGGGCUAAUAACUGGUCUCGAGGUAUUCAGCAUCGACAAUCUAGUAACCCUGUCACAGGUCUAUUUUCACAGAUAGGAGAAUUAUAUCAAGUUCAUCAUAUCUGGUGUUAUAAAGAUCUACAAAUGCGUAAAGAGACUAGGGAGUCAGCGUGGCAAAAACCAGGUUGGGAUGAAGUUGUGCAGUACACAGUUCCUUUGAUACGACACAUGCAGUCAAGGAUUUUGAUACCUACACCUUUCUCACCUUUACAAUAGAGUUUUGCAACUCCCCACAUUAGAGAGUACAGUUCCUCCAUGUUGAAGAGUAUUUUUACACUAUUGUGGUGCUGGAGGGAUAUACAUAGAAACUUCCUACAGCUGAUGCAUGCAAUAUUAAGUCAUGUGAUAGAUUUGUCAUGAUUUGUAUCCCUUACCCAUAAAUUAAUUACGGUCCAUGUGACUUCCUUGAGUUUAAUUUGAUAUUCAGGGAUAAUUCAUGAAAUAAAUCCAUGCUAUACUUGUAAAAUUGCUACUAUUGACAGUUUAUCAAAAGAAAUCAUUUUGUUGAAUGACCUCUGGUAUUAAAGGGCACAUGAGAAACGUACUUCCUUCAGGUUAUUGGAAGUACAAUAUUUUUAAAGCUUUUAUUGACAGGCAUGAUAAAAGCAAAUAGCUCAUGUACAUGUGUAAUUUUUAUGAAUUUCCUGGUACCCAAUGGCUCGGUUAGGAUAAGUCUCAAAAUUGUUAUACCAUACCCAUUGCUCUUUUAUACUUUUGACUUGAUAGGAGAAUUUUGAUGGUCUUGAGUAUAUUUUUUGUUGAUUUGUAACAUGUUUACGCAAUACCAUAUAUUGACAAGAAAACUGUUAGACUGGAAUCUCCCUCUACUACUUUUAUAUGAAUGUUAAGGCUUCCUUUUAUGACACUUUUUAACAAAGUUAAAAGUGGUAAUUUCUUUAGAUUUGUUCAUCAAGGUAUUUGAUAUGGUGGAUAUAAAUUUUGUAGUUCAAGCCGUUCUGGCCAAACUGAAUAAGAAAGCAUUUUGUAAUUCAAAAUAUAUAGCCCACUUUUAAAUCAUUUUAUGAAAUACCGUUAGUGCAUAUUUAUGUGCAGAAAUUUUUAUCUUGUUAAGGUAACAGACAUGUAAUUACAAUCAACAAAUUCUGUAUGGUGACAUAUUCUCUAUAUACAAUGUCAGCAUUCUUUGGCUUCAUUUUAACAGAAAAUUAUUUUUCAUAAGACCGUAGAUUGCUGAAAUUGUACAAGAUAAGGAUAGUACACAAUCCAAGGGAAAGUUUCAGUUGAGCCGCACCAUGAGAAAACCAACAUAGUGCGUUUGCAACCAGCAUGGAUCCUGACCAGCCUGCGCAUCCAUGCAGUCUGGUCAGGAUCCAUGCUGUUCACUUUCAAAGCCUAUUGCAAUUAGAGAAACUGUUAGCGAACAGCAUGGAUCCUGACCAGACUGUGCAGAUUCGCAGGCUAGUCUUGAUCCAUGCUGGUUACAAACGCAAUAUGUUGGUUUUCUCAUGGCGUGGCUCAGUUGUCACUUCAGGUACACUACCUUCAAAAGUAUAUAUUAGAUUGAUAAUAAAAGUUUUAAGUCUUCAAUGAUAUUACCAUGAAUUGUAUUUUGGACUGAAGGGAAUGUUAAUUAGUAUAUUUUCUGUAGUAUUGUCAUCAUUGAAUGUUUAGUGAGAGACUGAAGUAAAUGAUUUCAAAGUAAUUGUGUGUAGGUAGUGAAAAUCAGUAUUUAAUUUAUUUCCUUAGAUUUGCAUAUAUUUUGUAGGUGCGUGUAAUUAUAGGCUUUCUAAGAAAACAGUUACUGUUUUAUAUCAAUAAAAUGUGCUCAGUUUAUCUUCAGUUGUUGAUGUACACUGUAUUAUGUAUAAAAGUGCUAUAGAUCCUCAUUUGGUGCAUUUUCUUUUUUAAAUUGAUGUACAUGUAUAAUGUAUACAAUUUGCAACUUAAAUACAUUUUUCAAGAAAAAGUUAUGUUUUUAUUACAUGACCCAUGUAAAACAUACGGCCCUCUUGUUAAUUUUGUUUUGCACAAAUUUCUAAUAUUUACAGUUUGCAGUGUAGUUAAAAUGUAAAAGUGACAUGUUCAAAUUUUACACAGCAUAUUUGCAUUUGAGUAGGAUUUCAUACCAAGGAUAAAUAAAUUUUAUGCUACGCCUGUUUAGAAGUCUAGUAAGCAGUUGAUAGUCAAUACACUAUUUUUUUAAGUUUCUUUCAAUUAAUUCUACAUAUGACAGUUAUUUCUCUUUUUCGUGCUAUGUAAUAAAACACUUAUUGAAUGGUUUUCUGGCGCAGUAUUUAAGAAUUGUUUGUCCUUUGUCUUGGAAGGUAGCAGUGUUCUGAACUUUGUCUUCAGCACUAGGUAAUAGCUUACCUGACCUUUCCAGGACCCAGGUAAAUAGUGAUUGACUAUAACCCUGUAAGACCUUUAAUAAGUGUACAGUCUUGUCACUUUUAUGUUUCAUAUGAUUAAAUAAACUACCUGAACAUUGUUCAAAAUGGUUGUACCUCGCUGUAAGAAUAAGAGCUGUUGAUGUUUGAUAAAAGAGUACAUUUACAGUUGUUUUGUUUUACAUCAUUUCAUAGUAAAAAUCAUCAUACAUAUUGUUAUGCAAGUGCUGUGUAUAUGGUUUAUAUGAAAAGAAAUGUAUCUAGACAGUGUGAAAUGUAAAAUGCUGGCUUUUCAGAAAUGUUGUGUGAAAUUUAUUUACAUUAUCUUGAAAUGUUGGGGGACCUCCAUGACCAAGUGGUUAAGGUUGCAAACUUUGAAUCACUUUGCCCAUCACCUUUGCUGGUUCGAAACCUAGCUCGUGAUGUAGAAUUCUUCAAUCAAGGAAGUCAUCCUGCUGACUUGUGGAAGACGGGCGGUUCUAUUAAGUUAGCCACCCUUGCUUGAAAAAAAGCCCGGAAUUGGGGUCUUGCUCAACCACAAAAAGCUUGAAAGUCACGGUACGGACUAUGAUUGUUUCGGUGUGACUUUAAACCCAGCAAAAAGAAGCUUAAGAUACUAUGAGUAUAUGUGAGAGUGAUCAAAGAAUGUUAGAGUAACCCAGGACAGGCCAAUGUCUUGAAAUAGAGGCCUAUGGAAAAAUCAGUAGCAUAAUUUCUGACCAUUAGCAUUUUAUCAGUCUCUACCUUGAAUGCCUUGCUUUGUUUAACAGUAGUAAACUUAAUUCUGAAGAAAGGUUUAUUGAAGAGCCUUGUAGUUCAUCACAGACAUUGAACAUUGCUGGAGCAUUUUACUGUACUGUUUAAAUGUAAACUUUACCCUGCUAAGUUUCUAAAAUGGACUGGUCCAUCAUUCAGUUUGGGCAUUACCACUUAUUAUUUGAAGGGGUGUUCGCUGAAAAUUUUACUUACUGAAUAGCGAAAAAGUGCAGACCAUGAUCAGCCUGCACUUGUCGCAAAGGCAAAAUCACUUGCGGCCAGCAGGCUGAAGGUUAUGACCUCAUGACAUUUGAGAUGUUGUCUGUUGUAUAUCAUGCAUAGAAUCUUUUUACAAAGCAGAAAUGAUUUUCUUUUUAUCCUCGUAUUAAAUCUGCUUCAGAUGUGACAGUCAUUUCUCACCAUGCUGAGAAACUCUAUUUAUUGUUAAAAAUUAUAUUUAGGUAUUGUUGUUACAUAUAUUUUCAUGUGUGAAUGAAUUGACAAGGACAAUUUGAAUUGAAGAUUUCUAAGCUACAAGCAUGUCAAAUUCAAACCCGCAGAAUGGCUUCCAGGGUUUCCAUUGAGAUAACUGUUACAAAAAUUUGGAACUAUUUAUAAAAAAUGGGUUGUCAGUGGUUGCUAAGGACAACGAGGUUGACUCAAUUGAUAAAUGGUAAAAAAUGUUUUUAAGCAGUGGUUAUUUAUAAACCUGUCAGAAGUAGAUUUAUUAAAAUGAUUGUGAGA